AUCCGUGACUUCACUGCUCCAACUCUGGACCAGAUCAAGCAGUUCCUUGAAGGUGGUACACCAGGCCAAGAAGAAGCAGGAGGUUGCUGCUGUUGUCCAUGCUGAUGCUGAUGCGUGGACGAUGAUGUGUGCCUGCUUCUUCAUUGACUUCCAUGACAUGUCAACAGAGAAGGCUGCAGCCCAUGCCAGCAGUGUACUGAAGGAGUCCCCUUUUUCUCCGGAGAUGAUGACUGUUGUGGAAGAAUUCCAGUCUGCUAAGUCAGGGAUCCCCAGGACGUUUUCUUGGGUUGUGAAGGACCUACUGUGUGCAUUAGCCUUCCCAGAAAGUCCAUCAGACCUGAACUAUCUGGUCAACAACAACGUUGCCUUCCUUGUCAGCCUCACCCAGGAGCGUGACCCAGAUGUUGACAACUUCCUAGACUUGAUGAAGGUGGACCUGAAGAUGGAUGCAUCCUCCACGCCAGACAUAGAACAGGUUGUUGAGUUCCUCACCUUGGUGGACCUAGCAGAAGCAGAGAAUAAGGCAGUAGCUGUCCACUGCUCAGAUGGCCUUGGGAGGGCAGGCACCAUGCUGGCUUGUUACUUUGUCCAGGAAGAGGUCAUGACAGCAGCAGAAGCUGUUAACAGGGUCCGUGAACUUCGACCUGGUUCCCUUUGGUCAAGGUCACAAGAAGUUCUGGUGGCAGAAUAUGAAACUUACAGAAGAAAGGUGCCCUGGCGGUUCUCGUGGGUAGUCAGGGGCAAGCUGUGUGCUCUGGCAUUCCCAGAAGAAAGGGAGCACCUGCAGUAUCUGGUGGACCAUAACGUGGGCUACCUGGUGUGUCUGACCGAGGAGCGGGACCCUGACAUACACGGACUUGCAGGGCUGGUGAAGGUGGACAUCAAGAUGAAGGAUUUCUCCAGCCCAAACCAGCACCAGGUUGCCAAGUUCCUCUCCCUGAUGGACCACGCAGCCCAGCAACACAAGGCUGUGGCACUUCACUGUAGAGGUGGGCGGGGCAGGACCGGGACGCUAAUCGCAUGUUACCUGGUGAAGGAGGAGGGAGUGUCAGCAGCAGAAGCCCUGCGGAGAACCCGUCAACUCAGACCCGGGUCUGUUGAGACCAAGGAACAGGAACAGGCAAUCUAUGACUUUGAGAAGACCAUCAGACAGAUGCCAGACAACUUCUCUUGGGUUGUGGAAGGUUUACUGUGUACCCUGGCGUUUCCUGAAACCCGACAGAACCUCCGCUACCUCCUGGACAACAAUGUGUCAUACCUGGUGUCCCUGACUGCUGAACGUGAUCCCCCUGUCACACUCUGUCCAGAGUUGGAGUUCGUGUCUCUAAAGAUACAGGACUUCACCCCACCCACUGUGGAGCAGGUUGAGGAGUUUCUGAACAUCAUCCACAAGGCUGAGGUGAAGAAGAAGGCAGUUGCUCUCCACUGUGCUCAAGGUCAAGGUCGAACUGGGACAAUGAUUGCAUGUUACCUGGUCAAAGUUCAAAGGUUAAGUGCUGAGGAUGCAAUUCAGAGAACCCGGUAUUUGAGAAAAGGUUCAAUAGAGACACGUGAACAGGAGCAGAUGGUUCAUGACUAUAGACAGUAUCUGUGUGACACUGGCAUGUUCGACGUAGCUUGUUAGCGCUAGUCCAGCCAUCUGUUACUCAUCAUUUCACCAUGUAUUCUGUAUUUGCCAUCAUUUACACUUGUGUAAAUGUCAAUGCAAGGAUAAACUGAAUAAUCUAAAUUCUUUAUUACAUGUGCCUUGAGUGAUGUACAUGUGCCUUGAAUGAUGUACAUGUGCCUUGAAUGAUGUACAUGUGCCUUGAGUGAUGUACAUGUACCUUGAGUGAUGUACAUGUACCUUGAGUGAUGUACAUGUGUCUUGAGUGAUGUACAUGUGCUUUGAGUGAUAUACAUGUGCCUUGAAUGAUGUACAUGUGCCUUGAAUGAUGUACAUGUGCCUUGAGUGAUGUACAUGUACCUUGAGUGAUGUACAUGUACCUUGAGUGAUGUACAUGUACCUUGAGUGAUGUACAUGUGCCUUGAGUGAUGUACAUGUGUCUUGAGUGAUGUACAUGUAUCUUGAGUGAUGUACAUGUGCCUUGAAUGAUGUACAUGUGCCUUGAAUGAUGUACAUGUGCCUUGAGUGAUGUACAUGUACCUUGAGUGAUGUACAUGUACCUUGAGUGAUGUACAUGUGCCUUGAGUGAUGUACAUGUGU